UGUGAACGAGUGCUGGUGGGUGGGGGGGAGGAGUCAAGCUCUACCACCCACCAUCCAAUCAGAACUGCUCUGCUUAAGUGCUGGGGGGCGUGGCCUGAGGCUGAGCUUGAGAGCCCCACAGCAGACCAACAUCUGUGCUGGAGCGUGCAGCUGAGAGGGAGAGUGAGAGAGAGAGAGAGAGAGAGAGAGAGUGUGUAUGUGUGUAUGCGUGUGUGAGCUGAGCUGAGCUUACACUGUAUAUGCGCUAUAGGAGAGGGAGUGUGUGUCCGCACGCGUGUGUAUAUUAGAGUAGCUGAGAGAGAGAGGAGGCUUCACAAAAGCCCUGCCAUAAGCCAGCAAAAUCAGCUACCCCUAUUCCCGCAGUUGCUGCCUGGUCGAAAGUAUAUCUUGUGCUUCUGGGAAAUUCUUUGUGCGGAGCAGAGAGGUUGAAAAAACAGUGGCAGCAGCACUGUUGGCUAUCUAUGAGCGCACACACAACCACCACAACCUGAGAAGUUCGCGGACACACCGUGGAAUGAGUUGAGACUGGACAGAACUGAACUGGACUGCCUACUUUUUCUCGCCGAGGUGCUGGUGGAUGUUUACAGAAAAGACAUUCGGCCCGUGCCUGGAAGCGCUUCAACUUUAACAACAGAAGCUGGAUAGAGUGCUGAGGAGUGCGGGUGGCGUGUAGCGUAGCGUCGUGUCGUGCAGUGUAGUGUGUGUUUACGUCUCUCUGUGUGUGUGUUGCACACGGCUGUAAAUGUGGCAUCUCUGACAGAUGUGGCCUGUUUGGAUCUGCUGCUGCAAGGGGGCAGAGAGUAGCUUUGCCUCUCAUCUCAUCUCAUCUCGUGGGUGUGCUGCUGAGCUCACCACAGAGGAUGUAGAGACUCCAACUCUCUCUCCUUCAGCCCUUUUUUGAGAUUUUUUCCCCCCUUCAAUCCACCUCUUUCUCUUUCUCCCUCUCCCUCUCUCUCUAUCUCUCUCUCUCUCUGUCUCUCGCGCUCUCAUUCUUUCCUCCUAUCUAUCUCCCUCUCUCGCUGUCGCUCUCUCUGACGCUCUCAAUCCCUCUGGCUUGUUUGUCAUCUGGUGUGCUGAAGCCCGGAGAGAAGAGCAAGGGAGGACUCUCCAGCUCGUAAAAAAAAGGACUUAGUAGCGUCAAGGCACCCGUCGGGAUUCGUGUCUUUUUUUCAUUUUAUUUUGUUUUGCCUUGUUUUGUUUUGGAGCAACGGGAGCGAAAUGUACUCGUGAAGUGGAACAGCUGCUGCUGAAUGUUUUGAGAAGGGGGUCCUAGACAGAGCCAGCCGAGUGUUGUGAGCGAGCGAGCGAGCAGCCCGCAGGCAAGGCAGGCACCACGUCGUCAUCGACCGACCCCAUCGUCGUCAUGGCGCCGCGCAAGCGUCCGGCGCGGGGCCUGUCCUUCAUCUUCUGCUGCUUCAAGAGCAGCAGCCACCCGGAGAUCACCUACCGCCUCCGCCAUGACAGCAACUUCACCCUGCAGGCCAUGGAGCCCGCACUGCCCAUGCCGCCAGCCGAGGAGCUGGAUGCCAUGUUCUCCGAACUGGUGGAUGAGCUGGACCUUGUGGAGAAACAUAGAGAGGCAAUGUUCGCUCUCCCAGCUGAGAAGAAGUGGCAGAUCUACUGCAGCAAGAAGAAAGAGAAUGAGGAGAACAAGGGAGCUACCAGCUGGCCAGAGUACUACAUUGACCAGAUCAACUCCAUGGCAGCUAGGAAGACUCUCCUGGCCCUGGAUAAGGAGGAUGAAGAGGAGAGAAACAAAACCAUCGAGAGCCUCAAGACGGCCCUGCGCACACAACCCAUGAGGUUUGUGACACGCUUCAUAGACCUCGAUGGGCUGACCUGCAUCCUCAACUUCCUGCGCACCAUGGACUAUGAGACGACCGAGUCUCAGAUCCACACGUCUCUCAUUGGCUGCAUCAAAGCCCUCAUGAACAACUCGCAGGGCCGUGCCCACGUCCUCUCCCACGCGGAGAGCAUCAACAUCAUCGCCCAGAGCCUGGCCACGGAGAACGUGAAGACCAAGGUGGCGGUUCUGGAGAUCAUGGGGGCCGUGUGUCUGGUGCCCGGCGGACACAAGAAGAUCCUGGAGGCCAUGCUGCACUACCAGAAGUUUGCCAGCGAGAGGACACGCUUUCAGAGCCUCAUGACAGACCUGGACAGGAGCACAGGUCGUUACCGUGACGAGGUGAACCUCAAGACUGCCAUCAUGUCCUUCAUCAACGCCGUCCUCAGCCAGGGGGCCGGAGAGUCGAGCCUGGAGUUCAGGAUCCAUUUGAGAUAUGAGUUCCUUAUGCUGGGCAUCCAACCAGUCAUCGAUAAACUGCGCACACAUGAGAACUCCACCUUGGACCGGCAUUUGGAUUACUUUGAAAUGCUGAGAAAUGAAGAUGAAUUGAGUCUGGCGAAACGCUUUGACUCCGUGCACAUAGACACGAAGAGCGCCUCUCAGGUGUUUGAGCUUAUCCGCAAGAGGAUAAACCACACGGAAGCACACCCGCACUUUCUCUCCAUCCUUCAGCACUGCCUCCACAUGCCCUAUAAGCGCAGCGGGAACACGGUGCAGUACUGGCUCCUGCUCGACCGCAUCGUGCAGCAGAUUGUCCUGCAGAAUGACAAAGGCUACGACCCCGACGUCACCCCCCUGGAGAACUUCAACGUCAAGAACGUUGUGCGAAUGCUCGUCAAUGAGAAUGAAGUGAAGCAGUGGAAGGAGCAGGCGGAGAAGAUGAGAAAAGAGCACGCGGAGCUUCAGCAGAAGCUGGAGAAGAAGGAGCGCGAGUGCGAUGCCAAGGCCCAGGAGAAGGAGGAGAUGAUGCAGACGCUCAACAAGAUGAAGGACAAGCUGGAGCGGGAGACCACCGACCACCGCCUCGCCAAGCAGCAAGUUACCGACCUCUCGGCACGCCUUCACGACCUCAGCUCGAGGGCGAACUCAGGCAUCCCAGGAGGACCCCCGAACAUUGCCCCGGGUGGACCCAUCCCACCCCCACCACCUUGCCCAGCCGGUGCUCCACCUCCACCCCCUCCACCACCACCGCCUCCGGGCAUGGGACCUCCACCACCACCGCCUCCACCUGGCGGACCCCCACCCCCGCCGGGCAUGCCUCCAUUCGGGGCCCCCCCUCCGCCCGGAGGUUUCCUGGGCCCGUCGCUGAAGAAGAAGAACCUCCCUCAGCCUUCCAACCCGCUCAAGUCCUUCAACUGGUCCAAAAUAGCGGAGAACAAGCUGGACGGCACCGUAUGGUCAGACAUGGAUGACGGGAAGGUUCUCAAAAUCCUGGACCUGGAGGAACUCGAGAAGACCUUCUCUGCCUACCAGAGGCAACAGGACUUCUUAACGCUCAAUCACCUCAAACAGAAAGACUCUGAGGAUGAUGCCACAACGACAAAGAAGGUCAAGGAGUUGUCCGUCAUCGAUGGCCGGCGAGCCCAGAACUGCAACAUCCUUCUCUCGCGGUUGAAGUUGUCAAACGAGGAGAUCAAGAGGGCUAUCCUGACCAUGGAUGAACAGGAGGAUCUGCCCAAGGACAUGCUGGAGCAGCUGCUGAAGUUUGUCCCAGAGAAGGCUGAUGUGGAUCUCCUGGAGGAGCAUAAGCAUGAGCUGGACCGCAUGGCCAAGGCCGACCGCUUCCUCUACGAGAUGAGCAGAAUCGAUCACUACCAGCAGAGGCUGCAGUCCCUCUACUUCAAGAAGAAGUUUGCAGAGAGGAUCGCCGAGGUGAAACCAAAAAUCGAAGCACUUUCCAAGGCCUCCAAAGAGGUCCUUAACAGCCGCAACCUGCGUCAGCUGCUGGAGGUUGUCUUGGCCUUCGGCAACUACAUGAACAAGGGCCAGAGGGGCAAUGCCUACGGCUUCAAGGUGUCCUCGCUCAACAAGAUCGCCGACACCAAGUCCAGUAUUGACAAGAACAUCACCCUGCUGCACUACUUGAUCACCAUCCUGGAACAGAAGUAUCCCAAAGUGGCCCUCUUCCACGACGAGCUCCAGAACAUUCCAGAAGCCGCCAAAGUAAACAUGACGGAGCUGGAGAAGGAGAUCAAUAACAUACGCAGUGGCAUGAAGAGCGUGGAAACAGAGCUGCAGCACCAGAGGAGUCGGCCCCAGAACUCCAGCGACAAGUUUGUGUCGGUGGUGAGCCAGUUCAUCACGGUGGCCGGGUUCAGCUUCUCCGACGUGGAGGACUCCCUACAGGAGGCCAAGGAGCUGUUCCAGAAGACAGUCACCCACUUCGGUGAGGACCCGUCCCGUCUGCAGCCGGAGGAGUUCUUCGGGAUCUUUGACCAGUUCCUGCAGGCGUACUCGGAGGCCAAGCAGGACAACGAGAACAUGCGGCGGCGCAAAGAGGAGGAGGAGCGGAGGGCGAAGCUGGAGGCCCAGUUGAAGGAGCAGAGAGAGAAAGAGCGCAAGGCCCGUAAGGCGAAGGAGAACUGCGAGGAGGACGGGGAGUUUGACGACCUGGUGUCUGCGCUGCGCUCGGGCGAGGUUUUCGAUAAGGACCUGUCCAAGAUGAAGCGGAACCGCAAGCGGCCAAACAACCCCAGCGCCAUCGACGCACGCGAGAGGCCCAUCACCAAGCUCAACUUCUGAAAAGACACCCCUCCCCGGCAGACAGUGGGCUUGCGUUAGCGUGUGCAAGGCCAAGUGUGUGAGUGCAUAUGUUAGUGUGUGUGCGUGUGAGAGAGAGUGAGUUGAGUGAGAGAGAGCGAGUGAGCGAGCAAGUGAGAGAGAGAGAGAGAGAAGGAGAGAAAUAAAAUGGGUGUGAGUGAGAGUUUGUGCGCAAGCACGCACAGUAAAAAAAAAUGUGAGAGGAAAAUGCCCUCUCACCACUGCCCCCUGGUGGGAGAUCACCAGAUCACACUCAUUCCCAUACACAUUACCAUCACUAUAUUAUUAUUGUUUUUUUUUUUCUUCCUACCUAACCUCACCCUUACGUCUCUCCCCAUGUCUAAAAAGCAUGAGGACAAUGACAACAUUAUGAAUACAUAGGUCAACGUGGAGGUGACGUGAUUUAGCUUUUUGUUCACUGAUUCCUAAAGCACAACAGGGAACGUACAGUAUCUUCUACACCACUUUUGUCUGGGGAAAAAAAGAAGAAAAAGAAGAAGAGGGGGAAAAAAAAAGAAAAAAAGAGACAUUACAAAGCGGACGACAAGUCUGUCGAGUGACACUCUAGCUACUACCUGUGCUGGUGUGCCAAACACCCACUUUUGUAAUACUUUUUGGAAAUACUUUUGUAAUGAUUCUAACUCUAAAUGUAUAUUCUGCAUUUUUUUGCAUGGGUGACGUGCACUGACACACUUUGUUUGGAAUAGAAACUUGUUACUUGCUCCAAUCCUGUGCCAUCAGUAUGUAUGCCGUGGACACUCUGUUUGGACUUGAUGAACUCUGACUAUUCAGAACAUAAGCUAGAGAACACACACACACACACA